CAGCUUAACUGAACUGUGAAUUUUGUAAAUUGUUAAGUUGACCUUAUUGCUGAUUGUAAUGUUGGUGAUCUGUGAAGUUUUUUCUCCUGUUGCACUCACUGUAAUUCCCUCUGGACAAGAUAAUCAAGCUAAAAUGCCUGUGGUAGUAAAUAUAACAUGAACUUGUUAGCUAAAGAAAUUGUAAGAAAACGUCUUUGUAGUCUUUCCUUACAUGUCAUAUCUUCAUCCGCGCCCACUUUUCUUUACUUGCCCACUGUUUGCUAUUCAAGAAAUUCCUGUAGGUUGAUUGGAUUAGCUUGGAGUCGUCCUGGUCUCACUGUCCGACGCCCACAAGCGCUUUGAUGACUGGAUGCAUCAUAGCAAGACCGUUUGAAUUUGGGUCAAGAGCAACGCGUCACAAGAGACCAAAGUUAACUGAGACAUUAGGAUGAGUACAUUCCUUACCAAACUCAAAAUAAAGAAAUGAUAAUGACAGACAGAGGGAGGAUGAGGAGGCGGAACAAUGUGCUUCCUAAUAUGCAAAGCAGCAGCACCAAGGCAAUGAACAUGUGUUUGCAGACUGGUCAGGUUGACGGACGACAUCCAACCUGUAACUUCCUCUUGGAGGUGGAGAGAGACCAGGCGGAGUGUCUGAGGAGGCUGAGGGAGGAGGAGGCCGCCGGCAGCCAUAAAGAGUCACUAUGCAAAGGAGCAUGGGACAACAUAGCAUGCUGGGAGCGAGCUGAGAUUGGAGAGACCAUCACCAUCCCCUGUCCUCGAGUCCUCAAGACUGUAUUCGGCAGAAAUGGUAACAUUAGCAGAAACUGCACGUCAGCGGGAUGGUCGGAGGUUUUCCCAAACAUCACCAGCGUGUGUGGGUCGGACACCAGCCAGGACAAGCUGGUCUUCUACGUGAUCGUGCAGACGUUGUACACUCUGGGUCACAGUCUGUCUUUAAUCGCCCUCACCACAGGGAGCGCCAUCCUCUGUCUGUUUCGGAAGCUCCACUGCACCAGGAACUACAUCCACCUCAACCUCUUCUUCUCCUUCAUCCUGAGAGCUGUGGCCGUGUUGGUGAAAGACGACAUCCUCUUCAACCGAACCUCGCAGUGCUCCAACCAGCCGUCACUGGUGGGAUGUAAAGCCAGCCUGGUGUUUUUCCAGUACUUCAUCAUGGCCAACUUCUUCUGGCUGCUGGUGGAGGGCCUGUACCUCCACACUCUGCUUGUCGUCAUCUUCUCUGAGAACAGACACUUUAUCGUCUACAUGUUCAUCGGCUGGGGAAUCCCCACUGUGUUUGUCUUUGCAUGGGUGAUGACAAGGAUUUAUCUGGAAGACACAGGAUGCUGGGAGACAAAUGACAACCCCAUACCCAACUGGGUGAUCAAUGGGCCAAUCGGAUUCUCCAUUAUGGUGAACUUUAUCCUUUUUAUCGGCAUCAUUCGGAUCUUGGUUCAGAAGCUGAGGUGUCCUGAUGUGGGUGGCAACGACCAAUCGCAAUACAGGAGGUUGGCUAAAUCUACUCUCCUGCUGAUCCCUCUGUUUGGGAUCCACUAUGUGGUCUUCGUUUGUUUCAGUGAAUCCAUCGCAGAAGAUUAUAAAAUAUUCUUUGACCUGGCCCUCGGAUCCUUUCAGGGUCUGGUGGUGGCCAUUCUGUACUGUUUCCUAAACAGUGAGGUUCAAGGGGAGCUAAAGAGAAAAUGGCGGAGUAUGUGUCUGAACUGCCGUCUGAGCAGAGAUCACCACUUCAACAGCACCUUCGCCUCCAGGAACGGUUCAGAGCACAUGGUGCAGUUUCAUCGCAACUCGCGAACCCAGUCUAUCCUGCAGUCAGAGACCACAGUGCUGUGAGGGCCUGAGGGAUCCUUUCAAACAAAUACAGUCUCCAGGUUGACCUGGGUCGAAUAGUUUUACAAAAUGAUUUUAACACAAAGCUGAGGUGAAGUACCACAUGGGUGGGACCUGCACAUCGUUUCAGAGCAGAUUUUGGUUUUAGCUUUACAAAUCUCUGCGAGCCUUCAAAAUGUACCUUUAAAUGGAUCUAAAGCAGUUCUGACUCAUCCUAUGAGGGUGUGCUUGUGUUUGCUACCAACAAAGAACCAUUUUUAUUCAGUGUUUUUAUGUCGUGUUGUCUGUGUGAGCCAAGAAAGAACGGGUCUUGUAGGCAAUCUUUGCAACAUCCACAACUUCAUGUUUAGUCAGUUUUUCCUGGACCUGUGGGUGAGGUAAGAAAUGUACGUAUUUUGACUUGUGUAUGUUAUGUGCAUCAGUUAAAUAUUUAUAAAGAAAUAUGUGCGAGAGAAACAGUGCUAUUCUUCUCUUAAUGGUUAACAGAGCUGUAGACUUUAGAUUGCAACUGCGAUGCAGCCGCAGAGCAAUAAUAUCUUGACAAUAUGUGGUUGAUGGAAGCGAAUAAUUUAGGAGAAAAUAACAGUUUUAUGAAGCCUAGUACAUUAGCUACAAAGGGAAAUCUUGCAAUACUUUUGCGUUUGUAAGUUAGCAUGACUGACCUGGUGACAAAGCCCUGCUCAAAGGAAUUGAGUUGCUUGUCUAUCGGGAGCAAAGGAGGAAAUAGUGUGAUGUUGUUGACAAACAAAAUGUCGGACAUUAACACGGGAGACUGCUGUUUAUUUCCUGUUUCCUACCACAAGUCAGUGUUGGUUUGACCACGGUUGUUCCCUAACCAGGUAGUUUUUGUGCCUAAACCUAACCAAACUUUAAUUUUUGAAACAGUGAUUUGGAAGGCACUGACAAACUCUCAUCCCGCCGAUAGUGGCGUCACAUCAGAAAACAUUUAAUGUGUCAUUUCAGAGGACAAGGACAAGCAACGUAUUUUGUUGUUUCAUUUGAAGGACUUGUUGAGGCAAAAAGAUCAGGUAGAUAACUUUUACUUUUAAAGACCGCCCAUCAAGGUUUCACUCAACCAAGCAGCGGGAAAGCAGGUCUGCUACCCAAUAUAUGUAUAUAGUUAUUUCGUGUUUGGUAAAUUAAAUCAGUGGUUUUCAGAAAAUGUUAUGUGAAGGUCAAAGUUUUCAUUCCAGCUGAAAAGCAGCAGCAUUGUUUUCCUGCAAGAAUGCAACAAAACCUGUUAUUUUAGUGACGUAUUUUGUGGUCCAUAGUGGCCACACCCACCCAUCUGAUACUUGAAGCUUGUUAAAAUCACUGCUAAGAAUGAUUCACAAAUGCAUUUUGACCCACGUCAGCAUAUGAGCCCUGGUUGUCUGGGCUACUGGCGAAAACACUGGUAAACAGGGUUGUUUUGUAUUUAUCCAGAACCCAAACUGCAUCAUUUUUAAUGUACAUUUAAUGAACUGCUGUCAUCGAGAAGUGCUGUGCAUGCUCCAAACCCUUUAUCUGUGCUACGAUGGUUUUGUCACUGUGCUCAGUGAUCUGUUAUAAUGAAACAAUGCAGGUGCUCAGACUGAAGAUGGCAUGUAAUUAAAAGGGAAACUUAAGGCAGUUUGUCCACCAGCAACUUCUAUUGACAUUGAUUUGCUGACAAGCUCAAUACAACCACCACAGUUUUCAUAUCUAAACUACAGAGUCUCAGGCUGGGAGAGGGCAGGAUGUAUUUCACAGAUUUGCAAUGUGCAAUUUGAGCAGGACAGGGGUUUCAGUGGGAAGCCAGUGAGGGAUCACAUCCCACAACUAUGUGUGGUGAUCUACACUGUGUGUGUUUUUUAGAAACACUGCGCACAAAAUCAUAAAACUAAUUCAUCAGAUCAAGGUCUCAAACAGGAGGUUUGCACAGAACUGUUUUUUCGUACCCACACCCCACUACUGCAUGUUUUUAAUCUGAAGAAAUGCUUAUACUCUAGAUUUGGUUUAAUGAGCCAAAUCUUAAAGAUUUGAACUGAAAACAAACAUUGCUAAAAGGCGUUGAAGUAGAUGAAACAUUAAGGUUCCCAAGCCAGAUUUUGGAAUGAUACACUUCAGCAGUGAUAGUGUUAUUGUUUUCCAAGAAGGUUGCAUUUACAGUAUGUGAAAGGUGUGUUGAGCAGAUUUGCAUUUGGGAAUGUCACAUGGUUAGCCAUAUAUUUCAAAAACUGCCCAACAGAUGUCGGUGAAAUUUGACGGCAGUUAAGGCCUUGAGCAAAACAAAAAUCUUGUUUUUGCUGACCUCCAGUGGUUUAACUUCUCACCAGUGUACUCCAGGGUGUCAGUACACCGUGAUAUCAGAGUUGGGUGUGGUUACACGGGCAACAGAGACAGUGCCAGGGGCUUUUGACUACACCCAUCAGUGGUGUUGGAUGUGGCCAGAAGUUUCUUUAAAAUAGGUUUAUAUUGUUGAAUAAUAAUAAUAAUAAUAAUAAUAGUUUAUAGUCAGCGAUCUCUUGACGGUCACCAGGUAAAGCAGAAGUGCCAGGUGGAUACAGGAGCCUGAAAGAAAAUUAAUAAUUCUGAUGAUACUUCAUAAUGCUUCAUGCAACAACAACUGUUAUGCAGCAGUUGCAUGAUAUUCUCAGUGUUUGCCUUUUGUCAUUGCUUUUGGUAAAUGGCUGUCAACGUGUCAGUUUGUUUUAGAAUGUAAUGUAAAUUUUGUCAAGAGAUGACAAGAAAAAAGGUAAAGUUUGCAUUGUGCAGCGUGCUAUAUUUGUCUUUUCAUAUUGUAGUUCAUUGUUGCCACGAGUCAAAAUGUCUGGUGACACUUGAUUUAAGGCAUACAGAAUAAAAGUUUAUUUUGAGUAAUCCCAUUUUCACACUACUGAUUAUAACUUAUUCACUAUAUCUAAAAACAAUUCUCCCUCCUGUUACGAUCUUUGGUGAACAAAAGACUAAAGCCACUUACUGUUCCAAAUAAGUCCCACUUUUUAAAUUCACUUUAUUUAACAAAUAAGGCUCAAUAUUCAACAUAUAUAUAUAUAUAUAUAUAUAUAUAUAUAUCCAGGUAUCAACAGCUGACAGUUGUUGACAGCUGACAGUUGUUGAUGAUGAUGAUGAUGUUUCCAUGCAUGUAGAGGGAGAAUAAUUGAGGGCAUAGGAUUGAACCAUGUAGAACACCACAUUUCAGAUGAGCUGCAGAAGAACCUACCACAGCAAAAGUUCAGACAAUAGUUUCAUUUUUAAGGCCUGAAAUUUGGAUUUACUGCUUGUCAUCAUGAUUGUUGGUUAAAAUCAAAUUUUUGGCAAAAGGGUUGCAGUUUGUGUGGAGAAGAGGUGGGACGAGAAAGCGGCAGUGUGAUGUGCUGAGAAACCUGUCAAUUAAGCAGACACCGAAAAAUAGUCCUCUUUAAAGGCACAAUAUCUCCUAAUGCUAUUUUUUUAUAUAUUAGAAGCUUCUCAGUAGGAUGUAAAGGUAAGGCAUAAAAAUAUACAUUGGAAAAGCUUCAUCUAGUCUAAGAUAUUCAGUUUUUGUAAACAAUUUUCAUAUUUUUUAUACUUAUAUAGCAAAAAUACUCUAUAACAAAGAUAACGCAUUACACAGUGCCAGUGGUAUGAAAUGGUAUACACUUCUGUCUGGGUCAACUCUCCCCAGUUAAAUAAUAAUAAAUAUAACAGUAUUAUUAAGCAAAGAAACACGUUUAAUUUCUUUCACCUAUAAGUCCCUUUAGAUUAGAUUUAGAUUGUUUUUCCAGUUGGAAAGCGACAUCGGCAGCACUGCAGUGAAACCAGACCGACGUUAGAGAACAGAUGUUGCCAGAUCUCGCGAGAGGGUGUGGUUGAGACAGAGACAGGUCUCGGUCAAAGUUAAUUUUCUCCUGAUUUGUCCGUCUGAAAAAUGCCAUUUUAGUGUCAGAAUGUUGGGAAGAUAUGCGGCUUGUGAAAAAUGGGUCCGAUAUUUACUUUGGUGACUAUGGGGCAAAAGAAUCUGUCAUAAUCUGUGCUCACGUUCACAUCACCCAUUGGAUUGAAUAGACUCAGGACCUGCCGCUAGUCUCCUGAAGGGGCGGGGCAGUAGGCAGGGUAGUAGCAGGAAAUGACUCAAGUGAGCCGUCUCUCUUCUAAACUGUCUCUGGUUAUAGGUAUGAAUUCUGGUACAGCUGCAAGUAAUGAUAAUUUCCAUUAACUUUUUAUUUAUUUAUUAUCUUCUCAAUUAAAAUUCAGAAAAUUGUGAAAAGUGCUGAUUUUUCCUCAGCACAAGCUAUCGUCUUCAAAUUGCUUAUUUUGUCUGACCAACAAUCCAAAACCCAAAAGGUACUCAAUUCACUAUAACAGAAGACAGUAGAAAACUAGCAAAUAUUCACAUUUAAUAAUUGUGAAAAUUUAAUAAUAAAAAAUUAGUUGUUUAAGACCUUUUUUUAAAGCAAAGAUGUUAAAAAAAUGUACUGAUUCCAGUUUCUUAAUCAGAAUCAGAAUCAGAAAUCAAAGUAUUUCUGAUUCUGAUUAAGAAGCUGGAAUCAGUAAAAAUGUUUGACAUCUUUGCUUUAAAAAAAGUCAAACAUAUAUUAAUUUGUGAGAAGUAAGAAGUUCUGAUAGCUGCCAUGCAAAUAUUAAACAUUAUAGUCCAAUACAGCUGUAUGCCUUAAGGAAAGUGUUACCAAAUAUAUCACAAACAGGAUGUCACCAUGUUACUCCGUGUAUCAUAAGCCAUCUAUGUGACUGUAAGUGGAUGAGCAUGUACAAAACAUUGAAGACCAUAUGCAACACACACAGUGUUGGUUUGUUGAGUGCUUUCAUAUUUAAUCUUGACUGAUAUGAUGCUGAGUAUCAUGUCUUUAUUCAACACAUGUAUUUGUAUAGAGACACCAUGAAUGUCGUGCAAAAGAUGAUUGAUAAAGGCUAUCUUUGCAAGCAUU